CUUUGGGGAUUCCGAUGUCGGCGGAGAGUUGUUUCGGCAGUUCAGGUGAUCAGAGCAGCAAAGGGGUGCCUACUCAUGGUGGUAGCUAUGUCCAAUAUAAUGUCUAUGGCAAUCUCUUCGAAGUUUCCAGAAAAUAUGUUCCUCCUCUUCGCCCGAUCGGUAGAGGCGCUUACGGAAUCGUCUGUGCUGCUAUAAACUCAGAGACUGGAGAAGAGGUUGCUAUCAAGAAGAUUGGUAAUGCUUUUGAUAACAUUAUCGACGCUAAAAGAACUUUGAGAGAGAUUAAGCUUCAUCAUGAAAAUGUUAUUGCUGUAAAGGAUAUAAUAAGACCACCACGGAGAGAGAACUUUAAUGAUGUUUACAUUGUUUAUGAGCUCAUGGACACUGAUCUCCACCAGAUUAUACGUUCUAACCAACUGUUGACUGAUGAUCAUUGUCGGUUCUUUCUGUAUCAGUUGCUGCGUGGGCUCAAGUACGUUCAUUCAGCUAAUGUACUGCAUCGAGAUCUAAAACCCAGCAAUCUGCUCCUGAAUGCAAACUGUGAUCUAAAGCUUGGGGAUUUCGGGCUUGCAAGGACCAAAUCCGAGACAGACUUCAUGACUGAGUAUGUUGUUACACGGUGGUACCAAGCUCCAGAGUUGCUUCUUAAUUGCUCAGAAUACACUGCAGCAAUCGAUAUUUGGUCUGUCGGUUGUAUACUCGGUGAAACAAUGACACGAGAGCCCUUGUUUCCUGGUAAAGAUUAUGUUCAUCAGCUUAGACUCAUCACUGAGCUUAUAGGAUCGCCUGAUGACUCAAGCUUGGGGUUCUUAAGGAGUGACAACGCAAGAAGGUACGUUAGACAGCUUCCACAGUACCCGAGACAGAGCUUUGCUGCUAGAUUCCCAAACAUGUCAGCUGGUGCAGUCGAUUUGCUGGAAAAAAAAAAAAAACUACCUUUGAGCUGUGUUAUGCAGAUACACGACUUCUGUCCCAAAGUGCAUUGAGCUUGAUUUGAGCUGAUGAAGUAGUGAUGUCCUGGUUCUGUGAAGGUUACUACAUCGUGUC